AUGGGUAUUGAUUUAAAUGACGAAAGGUCAAAUGAAUUUAUUGUGAAAUUUCGUGAAUUGUUUGGUGUCGUGAAUGAUGCAUAUGUUAGUAGGAAUACUCAUUGUAGUUGGAUUGACGUUAAUUAUGAAAUGGGGUGCACUGAAGAAAAGGGUGGAAUAAAUGAGCCUGGAACACAGAUUGCAGUAUUGUUUCAGAAUGGAAUUAGGAGCUUAGGUUGGAGUUUUGGUUCAACUGAGUCAAUUGUCUUGGGUUCUGCUCUUAUUCCCUUUGGAUUGAUAUAUCCGAAGAUUGGAACUCCAUUUAAUGUUGUGAAAGGUAAUAAUCUGAACAAGAGCAUUUCUGCCCAAUUGAGUCUAGAGAUUUCAGAUGUCAGUGGGAAGUCUUUGGAAUGCAAGUGCUGUGAUCUUCAAUUACUGAAUCCAAUGUUGUCUAAGCUUACUUCUGAUAAUACUGUAAAUGCUUUGAGCUUUAAGGAUUCAGAAACCGAAGGGUCUAAUAAUAAUGAAUCAUUUUGGUGUCAUUUGGGUGAUGGACCUGUAAAGCUGCAUGUCAAUGCAGUGCAGAGGUAUGCAAUGAGUGAGAAAAUUAAAGGGUGCUCGAUUGGUCAUAUCCUAGUAAGAGGAUGCUCUGGACAACCUGGAAAAAGUAGGAAGAAGUGUUCGAAAGAAUUUUUUGCAGAUAGGGCUCUUAAAAUGCUAUUGAGCGGAAUGGGUGAGUUCAUUCUGAGGAAUUCCAUUCCCAUAUGGCAAAUUCUUCCGAGUGUUCUUUACAUGGAGGGCUACUGGGCUUUGGUAUCUCUUUCAAAUAGCAAAGGGGAUCGAUUCAGUAGUAUCCUUAAGCCUUUAAUAGCUCAUUUGGCUCUUCGCUCUAUAAUAGAUAAUGGUCUCUUUACAAUAAAUAACUUUAUUGGAUCGAACUUGGCAAACAUAGAUGUUGAGAUUUACAAAACCUCUGUUGAUAAGACAAACUCAGAUAGUUGUACUGGUUCUCAAACUGAUACAUCACCAUCUGGAAAAUGUGUGCAACUAGGGGAUGGCAAAAGAAAAACGAAUAAAAAGCACUUGCAUCAGAACCUCAAAUGGAGCUCCUUCCGUGAGGAGGGAGCUGCUUCUGUUUCGUGUUUGGAGGCAGCCGAAUCUUUCUUCAAUAAUCUUCCAAUGAAAAUCCAACAAAGCCAUGAAUCGGGAUUGGACUUGCAGACCUUGUCAGAGAGACUUGUGAACUCAUCCAUUCAUUGGUUAUCUCAACAGCAUGAAAUAGACAACAAUGUGGAGGGUCAAACCACAAUGGUAAAAUUAGACGAUACUUACAACAAAGUAGUUGGCGCCAAACUAGUAAAACUUUUACUAAGGGAUCCCAAGGAAUUAAAGGAAAAGCGCAAUGAUAAUCUUCCAUCAUUUGAAGCAUCUGAUCCAAGUUCUAGAUCAGAAAAUAUGGUUAGAGAGUAUCCUUUUUGUAAGCAAUGCGAAAAGGAUAAGGCUUGUGUUCUUGUUCGCUACAUGUCAGGAAAAAAUAGAUCGCCAACUAUUGUGAUAGCUUACUUGAUGAAGAGCAAAGGGUGGAGACUAGCACAGAGUUACCAGUGGGUGAAAGAGCGAAGAUGUUCUGUUGAUUUAACUCAAGCCUUAUGCUCCUUCAUAUAUCUCCGGUGGAUUGCCACACCGUCGACGACUAGAAAAAAUGGCCGUCGACUUCCACCAGGUCCCCGAGGCUUGCCCAUCAUCGGAAACCUCCAUAUGCUGGGCAACCUCCCCCACCACAGCCUCCAUGAGAUGACCAAAAAGUAUGGCCCUAUCAUGUCCCUCCGGCUAGGCCGCGUGCCGACUAUUGUCGUCUCAUCUCCGGCCGCCGCCGAGAUCUUCCUAAAGACCCACGACAUCCUUUUUGCCAGCCGGCCGAAAGUCCAGGCGGCGGAGGUCUUGUUUUAUGGCAGUAAAGGCGUGGGUUUCACUCAGUAUGGUCCGUACUGGAGAAACGUGAGGAAGUUUUGUACACUGGAACUUCUCAGCGCCACCAAGAUUGAGUCACUUGCUGGGAUGAGAAGGGAGGAGCUUGGGUUGUUAGUGGAGUCGCUGAAGGCGGCAGCGGCUGCGCGUGAGGUGGUAGAUGUGAGUGAGAAAGUGGGGGGGCUGAUUGAGGACAUGACGUAUAGGAUGCUCUUUGGACGUAGUAAGGAUGAUAGAUUUGAUCUAAAGGCCGCCAUUGAAGAGGCUUUAGAACUGAUUGGAGCUUUUAAUUUGUCAGAUUAUGUACCCAUUUUGAAGCCACUUGACCUUCAGAACAAUCUCACACACCCCAUAUUAGACCGUUUCACCCAUUUCUUUGCCAUGGGAUUUAAUCAGCGCUUCAAGGCAAUCAGCAAAGUUCUUGACCAAAUCAUGGAGGUAAUUCUCAAUGAGCAUGAACAAGAUGCUAGCAGAGGGUUUCAAAGCCGUGACAAGGACUUCGUCGACGUAAUGCUAUCAUUGAUGAACAAGGAGAAGAGGCUGUCCUGGGAUGCAUUUGGGGUUAAUCAACAUAAGAUUGGUGGUGGCUCAGUUAGUGCAUUGCUUCAACUGGGAGUUACCUGA